GUCAGUUUCCUUUUAUCACGUAUUUGGUGCUUAAUACAAACCAUAGUGACCCCCGACGACUAGUUUGCGAACUUCAAAAUAAUUCCAUGCCACCUUCCUGCCAAGAUCAGUUACAUCAUAUAGCUGGCUACGAAGAAGUUGCCACGAUCGCCAGACCACCGAUAGAUGUGCUCCCGAAAACACCGUCAUCAAAUAAGACAGGCUAUAUCAUUUCGGCUUUUAGGGUGCUUCCGGGGGAAGAUCGAGAAAAGCUCGAACGUAGUUGGUUGAUGUGGACAGGUGCAAGACUGAUCUACAAGCGAUUACCUCAACGAUUAGGUCUACGUCGGAUCACUUUCCACAAGAAAGUUUGUCCUGAUCGUGGGAUUACCUAUGUGCUUCUUUGUGAAUGUGCUGCCCUCAUGGAACGCGUGACAGAAGCUUGCGUUUUUGUCGAUCAAUUAAGAGCAAGAUGUUGUGGAUACACCGCCCUCUACAGGGUAGUAGAAUUUUUUUGAUGAUAUUCAGUUUAAGGGAAAUAAAACCGUGAUUCCUAAGUGCCAUUGCUAUGGGAUCCUUUAUUCAUAUAUGAACAAACCCAUCCCAAAAUAAUAUGUGUAAUAAGAAUGGGCCAUUCAUGAUAAAAUAAUGUUUGCCGUUUCUAUGUAAAAUAACAUCUUCGACCACUAGAAAAAUAGUAAGAACCCAAAAGAUCGACCAAAAUUUGAAAGUGGUUGAGUUAUUUGGUCAUCUUUCAAUUUUUUACGUACAUUAUGUGCAUAUUGUAAAUUAUAUGUUAAUAAGUGUAUAACUGUUCAAGAUGUAUACGAAAUAUCUACGUUUUUAUUCACUCGUAGUUGUAUUUCGAAAUUCAAAUGACAGCAUUAUAAUGUUUGUCUAAUAUUUUCUGUGUAUGAAUAACUUGGUCAUAGCUAUUUCGUUAAGUAUUUUGUAAGAAAACAUUAAAUGUGUUGUAGAUCAUUGCAUACUUUAUUGAUUUCUAUUCUCUGCAUUUUGAUUGACAAAAUCUCUGUUUUUAUUGGGGUUUUCAUACAUGCAUAGGCUUUGUUAAAUAUGCAUAUAACACUGAAGAUGAUAACAUUAUUAUUAUGGUGAAAGCUAUUACAGUAAGAUAAUAUAAUGUACUUAUUUAGAAAAACUUACCUUUUCUGAUGCCAUGUACUAUUCGAACGGGAUAUGAUUUUGUCAUGGUGUCUCUAGAUAAAUGUGAAAAGUUAGAUAUAUGUAUAAAACAGAAAGCCUAAAAGAUUGAACUCGUAUGAUAAAAUUUAGUAUUUGAGCACGUGUUUCAUGCUCUACAGGUGACGCAAUAAUCACAGAAAAUGACGUCGUACUCGUGACAAUAACCUAAUAGUGAGAAUUCCAAAGGGAAAUGACGUUGUAGUGUUGGUAAUGAGGGCGUGUGUGUUAUGUCAUAAACCAUAAAAAAUUUGACAUAGAUUCGCUACUCACCGAACAAGGAGGUAUCUAUUGGUCUUUUCAUCGUAUGAGGACUUCCUUUGGCUACUGAAAUGUGGACACUUGGUUUUAAAGAUAAGAACGUUUUAUAAUGAAAAUUGGAAAUUAAAUUUCUCGUUAUGGAAAAUUUAUAUUAUAUUGAUAUUGUGAAAACGGUCAUUUCGUAACACAUUCACUGAUUUCAUUUUAUCUGGUGAUAGUUUAUACCAGUUUAUUUUAACAUAUGUGAGAUUUGUAUUUUUUUAUUUUUUUGUAUUAGAAGUAGCUAAAAAUUAGUAUCUUACCAAAAGAUGACCAGUCUUCAUACAAAACAAAUAAAUCAAUUCGGUAAUCUUCGAUAAUAAUUGUUUAUAAAAAUUUGAAACAAAAUAAAAUAGCCUUUUUAACUUUUUAAAAUAUAUGUAAGCAAUUGUGUGUCAGAACUUUCACGAAAGUAAUAUUUAUAUUCCUUUCUUAUAGAUAUUCCUGGUUUCUUAGAAGCGCAUGAAGUGUAUUACUUUUUAUUAUGAAAUAUUAUGGUAUUUAAACUGAAAAAAAAAGUCAAGGGUAAACUAUGAUCCUAAAUAAUCACUUUUAUCGUUGAAUUGAAUAACAAUUUGAAGUCCUAUGAAAUACGUGUUGUUCCUGUAUCUAAAAUCACAAACUAUAUUAGCUAAGACUUGUAUUUGAGUUGGGUUUUUUUUAUCUUAGCAUGAAAAAGAAGAAUGUUUUUUUUUUAUCAAGACAAACAAAAGACGAUCAAUUUUCAACAAGUCAUCCAAGUCUUCAUGGAAAUCCGUUAAUAUUUGUGUGUGUGAAAAUACAGUAAUCAUUACAUACAAAAAAACGAGCCUUGGUUUCUGUAAACUACUGUCAACAAAUUUUCCAACAAUUGGAUGGUAUUGGGCUAGUAAAGCUGAAUGUAAAAGUUACUCAAGAACCAAUCAAUUUGUAAAUGUUUUAAUAGUUUGGUACAAUUUAUCCCUAAGGAGUAUAUCUAUCUUUGGAUUUAGUUUAGAAACUACUCUUAUUAAGGAAUCAGUUCUCUGACGACUUGACAAGUGAAUGUUCUGAAACGGUGAAACAUUUCAUUGUUUUGUAUUUGUCACAUGACAAGGUGAAAACUAGAAUUUUAAGACCAUAUGCCUUUAAAACCUUUGUAAUUUGAGUACCUUAAAAGUUUGUAAACAAAAACUCGAGAGUUAUUUUUAACAAUCCAUUUAAUGCUUUACUUUGCAAUAGUAUACGUGACAAUGAUUCCUAAUGCUUUGUGGUUAGAAAAUGCUGAUUCUUGUUAAGUGCAGAGUUGCACAAUGGAAGACAAGAUGUAAAAUGAUCUUUAUAUGCAGCUAUCCUAAAAUACGCCGAAAUUGUAAAUAUUAGUGGGUUAUCUUAGAUUAUUUAAUACAGACGAUACUGGUAAAGAAACAGUUUAUAAACGAAAUACUCAGAUUUGUUGAAAUUAUAUUAGAAAAGGAAUACUUUGGAGAAAAUACUUACACCUUUUGAUAUAACAUUGGAAAUACUCUAUCUGCAAUAAUUUCAUUUUUUAUUUAAACUGAUUAUACAGGCCAAUACGUUAAGCAGAAUAGUACCUUGUGAAAUCUCUAUCACGAAAAGUCCGAGCUAGUAAUCCUGCGAAAGAUGGUUUAAUCCAAUGUUAAGUUUUAAUCAAGUAACCAGUCAAUGAUUUCCUCACUUUAGGUUUUCAUUUAUUAUUGUUUUUCUUGUAUUCCGUCAGAAUUAAACAAAAACAAAAUAUGCGCAAUCUAGAAACAGCUAACAACAGUUCAUAUAAGGAUUAAUUGCGACUGUAAGUUCCAGAAAAGUAAAAUAUUAAUCAAUGUCUAGACGUAAUCCAUCUCGAAACUAGGUUAAAAUAAAAGAACAGGGAUCAAACUACCAAUCAUAUAAGUUAUAAAAGCAGUGUUUAUUCACCGACACUUCAAAUUCUAUAAGUAUUCUGGGUCUGUGGGAUAAGACACAGAUUUCAAAUGUCUUCUUCAGAAGAAUAAAACUUACAUUCCUGACAUAAUCCGUUUAUUUCACGUUCAUCACAGUGAGUAAAGGUGUUGAAUCGGGUUUUCUUUAGCUAAAGUUUCAAAUAUUCUUGAUAAAUGAUGGAGUUUAACGAGGCAACGGAUGCUUUUUUAUUAUUUAUCUAACACACUAGCCACUUCGCUCACGUGAAAGGUAUUUGAUAGAAAAAGUGUUACUUUUUGUUGCUGGAGUAUGUUAAUAUUUUUGUGCCAUAUGAUAUGUUCAGUUAUGUGUAUGCCAAAUAUGGCGACUAACCUGCGGGAAACUUAAGCUAAAGAAAAUAUUAUUUUUCUCCAGAAUUUAUACAUAAGUGGGCCUGGUGGUUAAGACACUCGUCU